AUGAAUUGCUCUUAUGACGAAUUUGACGUGCACAAUGUCGCACCUCUAGACAUUCAUGCCUACAUUACCACUACCCCUUAUCCUGGCACUCAGCUCUUCCAACAUCAUUGGAUAGCCAGUCAUGUCCACGUUUAUUUUUGGGAGCGCAUUCGCCUUCAUGACAUUGUUCAUUUAGAUGACAUGUCAGUAUUCGCUCAAAGCUAUCGCGGAAAAUUUAUCGGAAUUAGCCGAUUAAGAGAAGGGUGGGCAGAUAUUAAGAUUCACAGGCAAGGUCCCGGAAAAGCGGUCCCAUACAUCUUGACUAUUCCCACCGAUUUCAUCCAACUAUCCAUGUUUUGGCGUCUUAAGCUGAAGUACCUGGAGCGCUUAAGGCCAAACCACUUCCAUGUUUCAAACCUGUGCAGUCAAAGAGAAACAGAUUUUGACUCUGGUGAUCACUUGACAAUUUCAUCUUUAGCAGGUUUUGAACCCAUGCAGACAGAUUUGGAUUCUGCCGUAUCAACUGCUUGGCUAAGACCAGUUAGAUGCACCCCAAAUGUGCCCAUUCAGAAGUGA